UAUUCCGACAGUGGGGAGCAGGAGAGGCGCAGACACAGGGAGGGAGGUGAAGACAGGUAAAAAUAGGAUUAAAGACAAACAGGGAAAAGGUAGGAGCAGGUGCAGAGACACAAAGGGACACGAGUGAACAACGACAGAGAGCGAGCAUCAUGGCGCUGAUCCCCUCGCAGGUUCUCCGGGUCGCCAUCCUGCUGUCUUAUUUCUCCAUCCUCUGCCACUACAAAGCUUUAGACAUGCCGGCACACCAGACCUAUGGAGGCAGCUGGAAGUUCCUGACCUUCAUCGACCUGGUGAUCCAGGCGGUGUUUUUCGGAGUGUGUGUCCUGAUCGAUGUGUCCAGUCUCCUGACCAAGGGAGGCGACAGCAGGGAGCAGGAGCGACAGCUGAGGAAGCUGAUUGGCUUGAGGGACUGGAUGAUGGCUGUGCUGGCCUUCCCUGUCGGAGCGUUUGUGGUGUUCACGUUCUGGACUCUCUACCUGUACGACAGAGACCUGGUCUAUCCCAGACUACUGGACAACUUCAUCCCUCAGUGGCUCAACCACGGCAUGCACACCACUGUUCUUCCUUUCAUCAUCAUCGAGAUGCGGACCACCCACCAUCGGUACCCCAGCAGGUCGUGGGGUCUGGCUGCCGUGUGCUGCUUCGGCGUGGGAUACAUCCUCUGGACGUGUUGGGUGCACCAGGUGACGGGUGUGUGGGUGUACCCGGUGCUGGAGCGCAUCGCUCCGCUGGCCCGGGUCGUCUUCUUCAGCGUGAUGACCCUGGUCAUUUGUGUUUUCUACAUACUCGGAGAAAUCCUCAACAGCUACAUCUGGGACCAGCCUCAAACAGGUCCACAACACACACACACACACACUGUGUCCAUCCACCCGCAGACAUGUAGCCAAAAGCCGCCAUAGAAACCAAGACGAUAAGGCGACAUGUAGGCAGCUUCAGGGCUGAAGCUCACAAAUGAAUCUGAGAGAGCAGAAUCAUUUGUGGCUGCUGGGAGGGAAGUGAGAGGAAACCUGAUCUGAGUGAGAAGCGACGCCUGUUUUUGUCUUUCGAUAAAAUUCUCGCUGACAUGAUAUAAACAUGUCGUCCUCAAGGUGACGUCUGCUCUCAUUCUCCAGAGCUCAGAGGCUGCCAAAACAUCUGGAGAAACUGGCGUGGGCAGAUUUCAAACAGACGUGUACAGAAUCAGGAUCUGCGCUUAAAAAUGAUGGAAGAAAAGCUUGAAUCUGCUUAAAUUCUGCCGUUAAUGAACUUUUCAUUUGUCAAAGCGGAAAGAGACAAGAAGAAACAGAUGAAGCAUAUGCCGUCCAGCCGCCUCUCUAUUUCCCAGCCUCACACACACACACACACACACACACACACACGCUCACACGCUCACACACUCCCACAUCCAUCUGCUCAGCAGGUCAGCAGGUAGCACUCCACCCACACCAGAGAGGAAAUCUGUGUGAGUGACUUUCUAGACAAGAAGUCUGCAGCCUUGAUUUCUAGUUAUACCGCCUUAAAAUACCUCACACACACACACACACACACACACACUUCACAGUCUGCUGACUUUACACACUUCACUCUCGUUUCUCUUCCUCUCAGAAAAGGUCAAAGGUGAGUGAUCCCGUCUCGACUGUGCGGGCAGGAAGUCGGCCUCAGUCGGACGGAAGAGGACGAGUCGUGCCCCGCCCGCCCAGGACGGCACAGGAGCGGAAAACAAGCGACCUCUCCGGAAGUGGAAAAGACGGCCUGCGAACUGUACUCAUAACAUUAACAUGGAAAAAGACAGAAAAAUCAUCCGUUAACUGUAAAUAGAGGAAGAAAUUGACGAAUGAAAAAGAAACUCAUCUUUUGUGCUUUUGUUUUUUUCUGUUUUCUUGUUUUUUUUUCUGUUUUUCGGUGACAAACACUAAGCAACCGAGCUGCAUCUGGCUUUGUUAUGUGAAGGACUGUGGACAAAACGCACAAACAUCUACACAAAACACACGCACACACACGACGCACUCAUACCGGGACAGAAACACACACGUGAACAGUGUGUGUCGUCUGCUUCCACUAUGAGCCACAAACAAAGUGAAUGAAUAAGCUACCAUGAAACUUCUGAACAUCCUUAUUAUUCAUCUUACGAGUCGCACUGUAUGUAUGGAACAAACUAGAUGUCGGUACAGAAUCAAUAAAGUUUGAUUGGAAAAUUUGCACUGCAUCUU